UCGUGUUCGGGACGCUAGGGGGCGCUAGCGUUUCCUUCAGACUCCUACGAGCCGAGGACUUUACCCGCGCAGCUCGCGUCAAAGGAGAACGACGACAAACCCCGAGAGUCAACGCACGGAAACGACCAUGAGUUUAGACGUGAAAAAACUGAAAGUGAACGAGUUAAAGGAGGAGCUCCAGCGCCGCGGCCUUGACACCCGAGGCCUGAAGGCGGACCUGAUGGAGAGGCUGAAAGCCGCCCUGGAGGCUGAAUCUGAGGCGGACACCUCGGAGCAAACCGGCCAGGAGGAAGGCGGCGAGCAAGACCGAGACGAAGAGGACGCGCAGGAGCAAGAAGCAGAGCAAGACGACGGAGCUGACGACGGAGGCGAGGAUGGCGAUGAGAUGGGUGACAAUCCUCCAGAGGAAGACGAGGGCAGAGAUUCGGGUGGCUACUAUGAGGAGGAGGAGGCAGAACCCGAGCAGUACGAAAGUCAGCCGGCUUCAGACUCGGGCGACGGCGAUGCGCAAAGAAUGAGCGGGGCGUCCGAGGAGAGCAAGCCCGAGGCGAAGUUUGAGGAGAACACAAAUGAAAUUAAAACCGAAAUCAAAACAGAAGAGGAGGCGGAGCCAGUUGAAGACGGACAGCAAGAGGCUCAGGGGACUGAACAGCAAAGCCAGGCGGAGGUCAAAGCGGAGGAUAACAAAGGUGGAAACAGCCGGAAGAGACCACACGAGGAGAACAGGGGCUACGGCUACUACGAGCACCGCGAGGAGAAGAGGUCGCGUACACCACAGCCUCCCGCUGAAGACGAGGAAGAGACGGUAGACGACUCCAUGGUCACAAUUGAUACAUACAACUGUGACCUGCACUUCAAAGUGUCCAGGGAUCGCUACAGUGGCUAUCCACUGACCAUCGAGGGCUUCGCCUACCUGUGGGCUGGAGCUCGAGCGACUCACGGUGUCACUCAGGGACGUGUUUGUUAUGAGAUGAAGAUCAACGAGGAGAUUCCUGUGAAGCACCUCCCCAGCAGCGAGCCCGACCCCCACGUGGUCCGCAUCGGAUGGUCCCUCAACAACUGCAGCACUCAGCUUGGCGAGGAGCCCUUCUCUUUUGGAUAUGGAGGCACAGGGAAAAAAUCCAGCGACUGCAAGUUUGCCGACUACGGCGAGCGGUUUGGUGAGAACGACGUCAUCGGCUGCUACAUUGACUUUGAAAGCAGCGACGAGGUAGAGAUGGGCUUCUCGAAGAACGGCGUGAAUCUGGGCGUGGCGUUCCGGACGACCAAGGAGGCGCUGGCGGGGCGCGCCCUUUUCCCCCACGUGCUGGUGAAGAACUGCGCUGUCGAGUUCAACUUUGGCCAGAAGCGGGAGCCCUACUUCCCCCCGCAGGAGGGAUACACCUUCCUGCUGGAUCUGCCCAUGCAGGACAAGAUCAGAGGCACGAAGGGACCCGCCAACAAGUCUGAGUGCGAGAUUCUGAUGAUGGUCGGUCUGCCCGCCUGCGGUAAAACCACCUGGGCCAUAAAACACGCCGAGGAAAACCCAGACAAAAAGUACAACAUCCUGGGCACGAACGCCAUCAUGGACAAGAUGAAGGUGAUGGGGCUCCGCCGGCAGAGGAACUACUCGGGUCGCUGGGAUGUCCUCAUCCAGCAGGCCACCCAGUGCCUGAACCGGCUGAUCGAGAUCGCCGCCCGCAAGAAACGCAACUACAUCCUGGAUCAGACAAAUGUAUAUGGAUCAGCAAGGAGACGAAAAAUGCGUCCUUUUGAAGGUUUUCAACGCAAGGCUAUUGUAAUUUGUCCCACGGACGAGGAUUUUAAAGAACGAACAUUAAAGCAAACCAAUGAGCAGGGGAAGGAUGUGCCCGAUCAUGCUGUGUUAGAAAUGAAAGCCAACUUUACCCUCCCCGAGCCCUGCGAGUUCCUGGAGGACGUGGCGUUCGUCGAGCUGCAGCGCGAGGAGGCCGAGAAGCUGCUGAAGCAGUACAACGAGGAGGGCCGCAAGGCCGGCCCGCCGCCCGACAAGCGCUUUGACAACAGGCAGGGCGGCUUCCGCGGCCGCGGCAGCAGCGGGAGCUACCAGCGCUACGACAACCGCGACGGUUUCCGCGGCGGCUACCAGAGCCGUAGCGGAGAUGGAGGCAGCUCCUACAGAGGAGGCUACAAUCGCGGCAGCUACAACCAGAACCGAUGGGGUAACAACUACCGCGAGGGAAGCUCGGAUACACGCGGCAGCUACAACCGCAGCCAGCCGUCAGGAGGAAACUACAGCCGCCCCGCUUCCUACAACAAGGGAGCCUACAGCCAGCAGGGCUACAACCAGAGCUACAGUCCGAGUUACGGCCAGAGCAGCUACAACCAGAACUACUACGGCAGCUACAGUCAGUACCCAGGGUACAGCCAGAGCUACAGCCAGACACCCGCAGCCCCACAGACCUACAACCACCACCAGCAGCAGCCGGCCGCGCAGCAGCAGCCGCCAGCGCAGCAGCAACCGCAGAGCUACAACCAGCAAUAUCAGCAGUACGCUCAGCAGUGGCAGCAAUACUACCAGAACCAGAACCAGUGGAACCAGUAUUACAGCCAGUACGGUGGCUACCCUGGACAGGGCAGCCAAGGCUCGUCUUCUGGUUCCCAGUAGCUUCCUCCUGCGUUUGUUCCUGGAUCUGCCGGUUCCCUCCCCCCCCCCAUCCCGACACCUCUGACCUCUGCAAAUUGAUUUGUUUUUUUGUUUUUUGUACAGUUUCUCUUCAGUCAACUAUGGAUCCUGUCUGUUUUUAACACACUAGCCUUCGUUUGUCUCUCACGCGUUGUCGAACAGUUCGAUGUCUGGCCAUUUUUGCCGAACCCCCAGUCCUUUUUUUUUUUUGUUUUUUUGUUUUUUGAGCGUUGACCGUGAGGUGGUAGAUGAUAGCCGUUCUAAACAUGUAAUGAAUGUUAAUGAUUAUGCAUCGGAUGUGGAUGUCUGACCGCCACGUUUCCCUCGGUUUGAAGAGGCGACUGUGUAUAUUUAUAGGCUACAAAGUGAAAAGACGACAGGAAGAGAGCAGUAAAGCCAGACCAAGCUUAACAGAGAACAAAAUGCAUGCUUUUCUCCCUCCAUCGCCCUUCCCUCUGCCUCGCUCUUUACUUUUCAGUUACUGAGUGAGCAUCUUUUAUUUACCGCUAUAGAAACAGAACAUUAUGGAGCUUCUUUUUUUUUUUUUUUUAUAGGUGUUGGUACCGUAGUAUUUAAUCUGACCUUUUGAUUACGAGUAAUCCUUCGCCGCUUGUGUAGUUGUAUUUGCAUUUUUUUUUUUUUUUUAAAUUUCAACCCUUAUUGUUUUGGAUUGAUGCUCAUUGAGUCCUGUAGUUCAAGCCAUUUUUUUCUACCUUUAAAACAAACAAAAAAAAAAAUCAGAUUUUUUGACCAGUUACGCCAGCUGUCGUGUCUUUAUACAAUAAACACAGUUGUAAACACCUG